CCUGCAUACCACAGACAUUUUUUUUUUUUGUCUCCAGCUUUCAUCCCUAACCCUAAUCUAUAAUCUCUUUUACAUAGGCUUGAAACAUACUUCUGAACUCACUUUAAAUAUGAUUGGCUUGUUGCUUCUACCAAGCUUUUAAACUGAAACCACAGAAUAAAUCCUGCUGGAGCUCAUUCUUCUGUUCUUUUUAUGGGACAGGAAUUACCUGCCAGCAGAUUGCUGAAGUUCCAAGUAAAAACCUAUGCUUCAUGGAGGAGGGCACAAAAGACCUAGGGACGAAUGUGCCUUGGGCCAGGAGGCAUCCAUCACGGCCAGAAUCUUUCCCAUUUGAGUAGCUCUGUGCUUGCAUGUGGACAUAAGCAAUCCCUGGGAUGUGGAAUAUAGCUCUACCAACUUGAAUAAGUACAUGUUACACUUUGUAGACAGCUGGCUUAUUUUCUUGAAUAGAGGUUAGCUUGCCAAUGUUUCCCCUUUAGCAGAGCAGAGAAUGUUCAAGAACUGGGCGCUUCUCCAGAAAACACUGGCCGUCCUGAGAAUCUCAGGGACUCAAAGCAGCUCUGAUGACAUUUAAGGAGCCUUCCUCUGAGGGCUGAACUUACCUCCCAGAAAGUGUAGAGCUGAAUCACUAAGGACACAAAUGGAAAGGGAGGGGCAAAAAGUGAAGGCUUUAUAUUUCCUCUUCAGGGACGCAGCUCCAAUCUCUCCUACCAAACUGCCCACUUCACCACCAGAAAGCAACAAAGGUAGUGCUGGUCCUAAAAUGGAUUUUCUCAGCACAACAAAUGUUGAAUUUUGCCUUGAUGUUUUCAAAGAGCUGAACAAUAACCAUGCUGAAGAUAAUAUCUUCUUUUCCCCACUGAGUCUGCUUUAUGCUCUAAGUAUGAUACUCCUUGGUGCCAGAGGAAACAGUGCAGAACAGAUAGAAAAGGUGCUUCACUUUAAUCAUAUUGCAGAAUCAUUAAAGCCAGAGUUUAAGGACUCAGCUAAGUGCAGCCAAACUGGAAGGAUUCACUCAGAGUUUGGAGCCCUAUUAUCUCAAAUCAACCAGCCAGACUCUAACUAUACCCUAAGCAUCGCUAACAGACUCUACGGGACACAGACGAUGCCAUUCUAUCAGCAAUUUUUAAGUUGUUCUGAGAAACUGUAUCAAGCCAGGCCUCAAGUUGUUGAUUUUCAAAAGUCUGCAGAAGAAACCAGGCAAACUAUUAAUGCUUGGGUUGAAAGCAAAACUAAUGCAGUGACUCUCAAAAGUAUCUUGUCAAUUGAUGGAUGUUAUUCAAAUUCAGUUAUAGGAAAAAUUACAAACCUUUUUGGAAAGGACACAAUUGACCCUUCUUCUGUGAUGGUCCUGGUGAAUGCCAUAUAUUUCAAAGGACAAUGGCAAAAUAAAUUUCAGGAAAGAGAGACAAUUAAAACCCCUUUUCAGCUAAGUGAGGGUAAGAGCGUAAUUGUGGAAAUGAUGUAUCAAGCGGGAAGGUUUAAACUGGCCUUCAUAAAGGAGCCGCAGAUGCAAGUGCUUGAGUUGCCCUACGUGCAGGACAAACUAAGCAUGAUCAUCCUGCUUCCCACGGGCAGGGUGACUCUAGAACAGAUAGAGAAGAGGCUGAAUGUGAAGACAUUUCGCAAAUGGACCAGCUCCUCCAACAUGAAGGAAAGGGACGUCGAAGUCCAUUUGCCCCGAUUCAAACUGGAGAUCAAGUAUGAGCUGAAUUCCCUGCUAAAAUCUCUCGGGAUGACAGAUGUCUUCCACCAGAGUAAAGCUGAUCUGUCUGGAAUGUCACCAGCCAAGGGGCUGUAUGUAUCAAAGGUCAUCCACAAGUCAUAUGUGGAUGUCAACGAAGAGGGCACAGAGGCAGCAGCAGCCACUGGGGACAACUUUGUCAUUAAACGACUCCCCAUCCGAGUUCAGUUCAUGGCGAACCAUCCUUUCCUGUUCUUCAUAAGGCACACUGGCACCAACACCAUUCUUUUCUGUGGCAAACUUGCCUCUCCCUAAGCAAAUGGGGUUGAGCAAGGCUCAGAGUCACAAAGGAGGUACAGGGAUAAACCCAUGACUCAGAGCAGUUCCCACCUAUCACACCUUUGUGCCCAAGUUUGCUUGUCUGAAAAAUGGGUCUAGGAUCUCUCCCAACUAAUUCCAUGAGUUACUGAACCCUAAGGUUAUGAUAACCAUGGAAGAAUGUAUAUUUACAGAAAAUGGCUUUCUGGCUCUCUUCUCUUUGGGGCCUCAUUUUAGUACUGUCCGGUGACAUAAUCAAGUCAUUGAGGGAAAUUUUAAACAAUUACAUUUUCUUGACUUGUGUAUAUCUGUGAGUUCUUGAAUAAGUGACCACUCCACCUCUAGUAAACCAAUCAAAGGGUUCCCAUUUUGGUUGGAUUUUAAAAUAUUGUCAUUUUCCUUGCAUUUGUAAAUGUAACAUCCUGAAUUUUAGUUCAAACUUCUGUAUUGACUAUAAUAAAUACAUGAAAUGCC